CUCUCUCUCCUGGAUGGUCCGCGCUGCUCGUGCUGUGUCUGCGGGUGCCAGCGCUUCAUCCUCCUCAUCCUCAGUGUCUUUGCUCUGUAUCGAGGUCUAUGAGGAGGAAUGGACUGAGGAUCUCCAGCAUGACGCGCGCGCUCUCCGUCCUCCUGUGCGCAUUCUCUCUCCUCCGAAGUGGCUUCUGUGCAGACUCAGAGGAGCGCCUGAUGAACUGGCUGCUGGGUAAAGAUCGCUAUAACAAACUGAUCCGGCCGGCGUUGAACAGGACCGAGAGAGUGACCGUUCUCCUGCAGGUGUCUCUGGCACAGCUCAUCAGUGUGAAUGAGAGAGAGCAGAUCAUGACGACGAACGUCUGGAUCACUCAGAACUGGAAUGAUUAUCGGCUGUCGUGGGACCCGGCGGAGUACGAGGGAAUCGACAAGCUCCGGAUCCCCUCCAGACACAUCUGGCUGCCUGAUAUAGUGCUGUACAACAAUGCAGAUGGGACGUAUGAGGUGACGGUCUUCACCAAUGCCAUCGUCCUGUUCAAUGGCAGCAUCGCUUGGCUUCCUCCCGCCAUUUACAAGAGCGCCUGCAAGAUCGAGGUCAAGCACUUCCCCUUCGACCAGCAGAACUGCACGCUCAAGUUCCGCUCCUGGACCUACGACCACACCGAGAUCGACCUGCUGCUGAAGUCCGACGCGGCCAGCAUGGAUGACUUCACUCCCAGCGGCGAGUGGGACAUCCUGGCUCUACCAGGCCGGAGGACGGUCAGUGCUCUGGACCCCACCUACGUGGAUCUGACCUACGACUUUAUCAUCAAGCGCAAGCCGCUCUUCUACACCAUCAACCUGAUCAUCCCCUGCGUGCUCAUCACCUCGCUGGCCAUCCUGGUCUUCUACCUGCCUUCGGACUGCGGCGAGAAGAUGACGCUGUGCAUCUCUGUCCUGUUAGCGCUGACCGUCUUCCUCCUGCUGAUCUCCAAGAUCGUGCCACCCACAUCGCUGGACGUUCCUCUAAUAGGGAAGUACCUGAUGUUCACCAUGGUGCUGGUGACCUUCUCCAUCAUCACCAGCGUGUGUGUGCUGAACGUGCACCAUCGCUCUCCGAGCACACACAGCAUGCCGGACUGGGUCAAGCUGGUGUUCCUGGUCAGACUCCCAGCAUUGCUAUUCAUGCAGAGACCGGGGGGAAACUCGGCUCGUCAGCGUCUGCGGCAGACGCGCCAUCUGAGGGACCCUGGAUCUCUGCUGGGCCUUGGUGCUCCUAACAGAUCCGGCAUGUCGUCAUCUGCCUCUGCGCUGCUGGCCUCAGCUUCGGCUGUCUCCUCGCCGGGACACUUUUAUAACCGAGGACCUCAGGUUCAGUUCGGCUACGGCUCUCGCAGACACGACUCGACACAGGACCUGAGAGGGAGCAGGCCGGCUCCAGAGUGGGGAUCUGAGAUCCAGGAGGCCGUGGACGGCGUUUGCUAUGUUGCUGACCACAUGAUGGGAAACGAUGAUGAUCAAAGUGUCAUCGAGGACUGGAAGUAUGUGGCCAUGGUGGUGGACCGCCUGUUUCUGUGGAUCUUUGUGAUCGUGUGUGUGGUGGGAACACUAGGUCUGUUCCUCCAGCCGCUCUUCCAGACGCAGACCGCAGCCGUCCAGCAGCCCAGCGCAGAGCCGUCCAGACGAGACCGAAUGUGAGGUCUGACCGGGUCACCUGCAGCCCGAGAUCUGAAUGAACUGUUGCUUUAUAUUAUCUUAUUCAAACACAUGAAGCUCUGAUUGAUCUGAGCAUGAAACACCAAUAGUGUCACAGUCAUUGUGCCAUUAUUAUAUUAUAAUCUCACUGUUGAGCAUUUUCCUCACAUCAGCAAUUUUUUUACCCAGAAUAUGGCCACGGAGUGUGUAAAGUGAAACCAAACGGAACUGCAGAAUUUAUUAUUGUUUUCAAACAGGUUUCACGCCCUUUGUCUGCCAUUGGUCUGAAACAUCAGUUAACCCCGCCCACCAACUCUUGUUAUAGGUCGAGACAUUGUUAGUCACUUUUCAGGGAAAUAAACCUACAGAUGACUACAGAGAUUCCCUGCACAUUAAGAUUAUUUAAUCUAUUUUUAUUUAAAUUGGUGUAGGGUUUACUUUGUAAAGAUUUUCACUCAAACAUUGCUAGUAAGCUUCACGGAAACACUAAGUAACACUGAAUUAAACAUGAAAUCAUGAAGUAGAAAGAUUGAAAUAGUAUUUUCUUGUAAAAUGUACUCCAAAUUUCAGUGGUCUUGAUAGAUACACAAGGUAUCUCUCGGUAUUCACUCUUAUUUGCAGCCAUUCAUGUCCAUUUUGGCAAAGUCUUGAUGAAAUCAGCACAAAUGUGUCUGUUCUACAUUUCGUCGGAGAGGAAGAAGAAUCACCUGCUCGUCCUCGUUUCAUUUCACACUAUUCUCUUCAGCGCCGGUGUGUUCAGGACUCAAGAAUUCAUCAGCUGUCGUUUUAUUUAUCAUGUUAUGUGUUCCUCAUUGUGUUCACCUGAAAGAACCUUCAGAUGAUGGACUCGUGAGUAGAGCGCCACCUGCUGGCUGUACUCUCAUUCACAAUGGAAUCCUGCAAUUAUUCUGUAUCUAAUGCAGACUACAGAGCAUCACUAUCAUUCACAGCACAGAAUACUGUAUCUCUUUAUACAGAUUUUGUUUUAUAACAGGACAGGUUACACCGAGGUGUUGGAGGUUUUAUAUUUUCCCAAAAAUCCACCCAGGACAUUGCUGGAGUGUGUGUGCGAGAGUUAUGGAGUUUAUGGUAUAUAUAUAUAUAUAUAAUGUCAGUCUGAAUCAACAGCUGUUUGAAACAUACAUCGCCUACCAUUUCUUGGGAAGCCAACAUUAGGGUCACUCUGAUAUGGGUAGCUAUUAUUCUCAUAUACUGAUAUUGAUAGUGAUAUUUCAGACAAAUGUAUUACUUGGAUUUUUCUGUCAACCAGUAUUAAAUGUGUUCUUCAUGGUAAAACUAUAAA